UCUGUGUAGCUAGUCGGAACCAUUUGAGCGGUGGGACGGACUUCCGGAAGUUGAGUACCGCAUCAACUGCAAUGAGUUUUGAGUGGCCCUGGCAAUAUAACUUCCCACCGUUUUUUACGCUACAGCCCAAUGCUGACACCAGGCAGAAGCAGCUGGCGGCAUGGUGCUCCCUGGCUCUGUCCUACUGCCGCCAUCACAAGCUCUACACCCUGGACGUCAUGGAGGCCCAGGAGAGCCCCGUGUUCAACAACAAGAAGAUAGAACGAAAACUGUCAAUGGAAGCAAUUCAAGUUGUUUUUGAGCAGUUGAGUAAAAAAGGGAACCUGGAGUGGCUGGACAAAAACAAGUCUCGGUGUUUAGUCAUGUGGAGACGACCGGAGGAAUGGGGAAAAUUAAUAUACCAGUGGAUCUCCAAAAACGGGAUGGUCAACUCUGUGUUUACACUUUAUGAGUUGGCUAACGGUGAUGACACGGAAGGCGAAGAGUUCCACAGUUUAGAAGAGUGGAUGCUGCUGCGCUCCUUGCAGGCGUUACAGACGGACGGCAAAGCAGAGAUCAUCACCAUGGAUGAUGGGAAGGGUGUGAAAUUCUUCUGAGACGGUGCUGGAAUCACACACACACUUUGUCUGGGAGCCCUCAUACUGUACCUCAUAGGCAAAUACUAAGAAUUAGCCAUUGAAGGCCACACAAACUGCUCCUCAAUGCUCAGAGGAUGCUUUGUGCUGCAGAUGAUGUUGCCUUUAGGAUUGUUCAAAGCCUUUUUCUUAUUGAAAGACAACCAAUGUUAUAUCUAAGUGUUUUGGGAGAAGAGCAUUUAAGGUGACAACACUUUUAAAGAAGUCGCAGGUAAUAUUUUUGCCAUUUAAACUUGCAAUGGGCCUUUUUAAGGGAUUAAAUAAUAUCAUGUCUGAUACUCCUGGGGAAAAUCUCUCCCCACAAGCUGUAACUUUACUCUCUUUAAUGUAAAUAUGUCUAGUUUUACGCUGAUUUCCCCCCUGAUUUUCUGUAUAAUUGGAUUUGGACGUUUUUUGAUCUUCUGUUGUUCCAACGAGACAUCCCAAAGCUAUCCCAGAAUGCAACACCAGGGGGACUUUUUAUUUAGAGAACACAUGCUUCCAGAAGAGGAACCCCAUAGACUCGGACCACCACUCCUGGCUGACUGGGUGUAAUAAUAGUGGACUUUAUGAACAGAUUACUGUCAUCCUCUUACUGUGCUGUUAUAGCUACUGUGACACUCCUGUUCUACUCUCUCUCUGUCUAUAUUCAACUUUCUUUUUUUUCAUAUCCUGUAGGAAAAUAAAUUAGAAAUUUGCUAAA